AUGCCACAAGCGGCAAGCUUCCCGAUCAAGAAAAACGUGAUGCUUCCUGAAGGAACUUUUGACGGAAAAGUAGCAUUUAUCACUGGUGGUGGAACUGGGCUCGGAAAAGGAAUGGCUACUGCACUUUCUUCUCUUGGAGCUACUGUUGCUAUCACAGGAAGACGGGAGGCUGUGUUGAAAUCAGCAGCAGAAGAAAUUGAGGAGAAGACUGGGAAUCAAGUUCUUUUCACUUCUUGCGAUGUUCGAGACCCAGUAGCAGUAAAGGAAGCCGUACAACAUAUCGUAGACAAUUCAUCUGUGCCCGAUAUUGUGAUCAACAACGCAGCUGGGAAUUUCAUCUCGCCGACGGAACGUUUGUCCACCAACGCGUUUUCUUCAAUUAUCGACAUAGUUCUCAAGGGUUCUAUAAAUGUUACGCUAGAAACUGGCAAAAGAGCGAUUGCUGCGAACAAGCCAUGCGUUUUCUUAGCGAUAACAACACAUUAUACAAAAUACGGAUCUGGCUUUGUUGUGCCGUCAGCAUGCGCGAAAUCAGGAGUUGAAACUCUGCAUCAAUCACUAGCCGUAGAAUGGGGAAGAUACGGAAUGCGAUUCAAUUGCAUUGCGCCAGGUCCGAUUUACACGGAAGGAGCAUUUUCGCGACUCGAUCCCACUGGUGAUUUCAUCAACGAGGGAGUAAAAGGAAUCCCAACGGGAAGACUCGGCGAAGUGGAAGAAAUUGCUAACUUGGCAACAUAUCUGGUGUCAGACUAUGCCUCGUGGCUUAGUGGAGAUACCGUGGUGUUUGAUGGAGGGGAAUUCAACGCGCUUGCUGGGGAGAUGAAUGGGCUAAGACGCGUGAAGGAUGAAGAGUGGGAUCUGAUGGCAAAGCUUAUCAAGAAAUCUCAUGCUGAGCAAAAGAACAAGUCUAAAUAA